AUGGAGCCAGCGGCGGUCAACGACGCGCUUUUCAACCACUUGGUUUUGCCCGCUCAGCUUCCACAGCGCCAGGAACAUGAUCGACAGCUUCGUCUCGUCGAGGGUGCUCUCCUCGAGCGCCUCAUCGGCGCCGCCACCAUCAUGAGCGGCGGCGAGGCAGACAACCCCUCCCACGGCCAUUGGCAAUCACUUCGCCAGACCCUUAUCGCCUGCCAGCACGUCAAUCGCGCCGGAAGAAUCGACAAGUCCAGUCUGGUGCGUCGUUUCCAGAACCUCGACCCUUCGGGGUGCCUCAUUCUCCAUGUCGAAAGUCAGAAUGCUGGCUUGAUCGUCCGCAGAGCCCAGGACCCCAUCUUCAAGGAUUGUGUCGUAUUUGAGGCCUUCGAAGCCUCUCCUCGCAACGAAGACGUCUUGGCCGCCAAGGCCGCCCUGGUCUGGGACUUUCCUGGCAUCGCUGUUGCAGUGCCUUACACCACCUUCAGCGACGACGACUUUCAGACAAGCGUCGCGAGCUUCAUUGAGCAAGCCUCGCUUGAGAACACCAAGACCUUUGCCGCCCAUACGUUCAAGGCCGGCGCCAUUGUCUACGAGUACCGCAACACCGGUGAUCCGUCAAUCAUCACUUCUAUGCUCAUGGCAAUUCUUGAGGAGAACGGUCGCAGGAUUGCUCCCACCCUUUUGCGGAAGCGAGUACGGGACGACGUAUGCUGGAACAGAGCUGAGAAACCCUGGCGUCGACUCCCUCUGUGGUUGGUCAUUCGCGUCGGUAUUCAGCGCUAUCUAUCCAUGGCGUUGGAUGCAGAGUCCGGUCGCCUAGAGUACAAGUUCUACAUCGCCGUGGUCCUGUCCAAAUUUCUUGACGAAGCGCCCAGCUACAACAUCGGCAUUGAGAGAGUGCACUUCCUGAAGAAAAAGAUCUGCAGACGUCUGGUCAAGCUUGACCUCGACAAACAGCGCUGCGUCAACGAUUCCAUCGUCUCUCGCUACGGUUUUCUCUUCGAUUUUCUUGGACCCAAGUUCAACAAGUCCAUUGAAAACUGCAACAGGGUCUUGAAUGUCGCUUUGGCUCAAGAGAGGGCCUCGUUGCACAAACACAUUCCACUGCUACCGCGAAAGGCCGCGGAUGCCGAUCUUCGCUUGAGCCUUCGGAUCAGCCGUGCUCAUCUCCAUAACGCCUUGGAACGAUUCAAGAUGCCUCGCUACCGACGAAGGCAGCAGACAAGGCCCAAUGAAGGUCUUGCGGAAGCCGCCAAAGACCAUCUCAGCCACUACGCCCAGUCAUACCACAAGCUGAUUGAUAGAGAGCUUGAGCUUUCCCACUUGCCGGGAGAGACUUGUUCCGAAAUCGCAAAGCGUAUCACGGACUACGCCAACAUGGCUGUUCCACUCUACGAGGGCAACCCCGAGCAAAAGAGUCAGAUGAUCUUGACAAUUAUGGAGAUGUGGCAAAGGAUGGACGCAAUUGCCUGUCACUGGUUUCCCCUCCUUCAGGAAUUCCACCCUGUUCUACAUCCGCAGAUGCUCGAUGUUCUUCUGCUGCCUCAAUACACCGAUAUGGCUCGGCUGAACACGCUCCAGCUCCUUCUUUCAGACCGUGUCAAGCGGGCAAAUAGUGAACGUCGGAACAUAUUCGAAGACCCAUCUCCAGGAUGCUUCGGUGAGCGAUACUACUCUGAAUCAGCAGACGCGUACAAUUUGAAACAGUUACACGAAUCAAUCGUGGAGGUGGCAGAUGAUUUGCGAGCUUCAAAGGAGUCUGAGUGGAAGAAAAAGAGCCAGAGGUACGACGAUCUAAUCCGCCAGAUCGACACCAGUGUUUGCUCGUACCUGAGAGAUGACUUCGAUCUUUUGGGACGUGAGCAGCAUGACCCAAAUUGUCCCAGAUGCUCCAAGAUGUGGAGCGCCCAGAAAAUGCGGAUUGCCAUCUUCGAGGACCUCCUUCCCUCGGACCCAGUCGUCACGCGAGCAACAGUCUUUGAGCUCGCCUGCCCGAAGGAGUUCGCAGUGUACCGCGAAACAACUUGGUGGAUUCUCCGGCAACUAGCCGCACCAUUCAAUGACGAAGGAAACCCACCUCGUUGCUUGCUCAAGGACAAUCUGCAGCUGAAGCCGUUCUUUGAGCCAAAUCGGAGCAAAGUUGGCCUGGCAUCUACCACCAAGCCAUUCAUUACUACACACUACACCGAGGUUACUCUGCUGGUGGUUUCCAACCUUGUGUGUCAGAGCGGACCAGCCGAUGACGAUGGCAUCAGCGGCAAUGACACCGGCGGUGAACGCGGGAGAGAUGUCCUGCGGAAAGUCCACAAAAUAUUUCGCGAGGAGCAAUUCUGCGAUCGGCUUGUGGAGCAACUGAUCAUUCGACUGGACAGCUUGGAGGCCAAUUGGCGCGAGACAUACCUGAUGGACGUCGUCAUCACCAUCCUUUUGCGCACCCAUACCCUCACUGCCACGAAUCCGAAUGCCUCGCUGAAAGCAUUGAGUGCUCUCAUUCGAGCACGUCAAAUCUGUCUGCGCUGGGUGGAGAUGCUACGAGCAGAAACAUACAAAGAAAGCGACACAGAAGCAGCUCGAAGAUGCCAGCAGUACGCAUUGUGGGCGGCAAUUCUCUGCAAGAGAACAUUCGUUAUUCAUCGCAGCCAGGCAACCCUUUUGGACGAGCUUUCUCUCCAAGCAUACAUCGAGUGCUGCAUUACUGUGCAAGACAACCUGGUGGUAGAAGUCGGCGCCCUGCCCCAGGUGCUCCAGCAUGCUGUUGUCUCCGACUUGAAACUGUCAUAUCGUCUCGCAUCUUUGGUGUGCGCCUCCAUCAUCCAAAGCCCAGACGUCUUUCGGUUGGCUAUUCGAGCUGUCUGGCCCGAGCCCGAAGAUCGCCCCCGGCAAAUCUACAACCUGUGCUCACAGCAGCCCUCAUGGGUCGCAUGCGACAUCCAAGAGAACGAAGAAGGCAACCUUGUUCAAGUUCACUACAAUUACGUGCAAGGGCUUCUUCUGGUCGACAAUAAGCCUCUUGGAAAGCUUCCCAAGGCGCCCGAGCACAUAGAAGUCCUCAACGAGCUCUUCGGUGAUCAAGCCCUGCUAACGUUCCCUUCCACCCAAAAGGGGAUGGAUUACACGCUGUGCCUCACACCCCGAAAUUAUCGUGUCGACGUGGGAUUUGAAGCCGGAAACAUGAUUGUCCGCGCCACCAAAGGCAAUCAAUAUCUCCAACUCAUUCCAAGAGAAGUCUUCCGGACAGAGACAUCGUGGGAUCUUCCAGGACCGCUGUUGGACGACUGCUGGCAUUGGCUUGAUUUGAAAAGCGGCAAAGUGUUCAUCACUCACACUACCGACAUCUGGAACAUCCACCUUAGGAAUUGGACGCUCGAUGUGCAUCGCGGAGUCUGCCAAAGAUUCCGAGGUUCAGCAGGAUACGACAAAAUAGUCGAUACCUACAGCCCUCUUUUCAACCGUGUGGGCAGAAUUUUCGAUGGCUUCGAGCACAAGGGCCAGAUUUUGGUGUAUCAGCCAGCUUCAAGACAUUUGGAAGUGGAGAUCAGAAGACUUCAGCUUCUUUUCUAUGUCAACCCUCGUCAGGUCCUCCAAUCACCCCAGCUUGGUUCUGAGAUCGAUCUGGAUCAGGACGCGGGAACGUGGUACGGGCUCGGUAGCAAGCUUGUCUUCCGAAACCCGCGUGAUCCCUCACAAAGAAGCAUUCUGGUUCCCGUGGGACCAUUCGAAGCCAGGCGAAUCGAAGGGAAAGACAUCAUGAUCGCUCGUACACACCCUACCGAUAUGUACGGGCGGUUCAACAUCAACAAGUCCUUGGGAAGAUUGGAUUGCGCGGCGGAGCCCAUGCUACUCUACAUGAAAGCCUUGCUGCAUGCCUACACGUCUUCCGUUUUCCCUGAUCCCCUCACUGGAAGAACAGGUACAGAGGAAGCCCUUCAGUGGUUGUCUUCCGGAGUCUGUCAGCCGUGGCAGGUUCUAGGAUCUGCCCACGUCAACCUGCUUGCUAAGAUCGCUCACCUGAGCCCUCGUCAUGAGUACUAUCCGGAAGAUCUCCGAGUGAUGAAAACGGACAUGUGGGACGACAGUGCUACUGAGAGCAUUCAGCAUGAGAGAUUCAGACCUCUUGUUGAAAGGAUCUUGUCUGUUUCCGACGAGCUUCACACCUUCUCGCUUCUCACCUCGGAGACUAGCCUUGCCGCAUUGCCUGCGCCUGGAGAUGACCAUCUACGGCAUAGGGCCGAAUCACGGAGACAAGCCUUUGAGCGAUGCUUCGAUGACAGGACUGAGCCAAUUGGCAUCUCUGACCAAAGGUAUCGAUCUCGGGACUGUCCUUUGCCCUCCAAUACCCGGCACUGCCAAACCCUAGAAAUUGCUCACCUCAUUCGAACCUGGCCAGAGCAGCUUUCGACAACAUCAUCUCUGUCCAUUCAGUUGUCUAUGGGUAGUAGUGUUGGAGGCUUUAGAGAGGCUUACGACAGGGUGUCUCUCACUGAUCGUCUGGGAGUUGACGUAUUGGAGAACUGGGGAUCUCUUGUUAAGGCAUGCCGAGAGCAACAAAGCCCGUUCGCUUUGAUGUUCGUCGUGGCGCCGAUUGCCUUCAGCUUCAAGGUGGAUAUGUGUUUGAUCAAAACGUUAGCUGCCUUUGCAAUUUUUGACGAACUGAAAGUUAUCGAGCUUCCCAUGUGGGAAAAGUACGAGAACUUCAAACCGAACCAGCUGCCUCAGCUGGAGCAGUUGAUGCGCAUCAUCGCGCUUCACAAGAUGCCACCGCCAAAAGAUGACGGGGAAGAAUUGCAGCAAUUUGCUAGCGCGAAGCAAUUACGCAAGAUGAGAGAACAGAGAGACGCCUGGGAGCGACGAUCAGAUGAGGAUUGCAAAUACUUGGCGAAUUUCUUGCUGGCCCAAUGGCCGUGCGAAGAACCAGGGGUUGCGGAACUUGCUAAAUCACUGCUCAUCGAUGUGGGAGCUGCAUUGAAACUUGUCAGGGUUGAAUGGAAGCGACUCUACCAAAACAUGGAUCUUUCUAUUCAUCUCGAUGCCGUACAAAACGUGUUGGAUCGCAGACAGUCCGAAGUCGAGUACGAGGCUCCGGUCUUCAUUGCUUCCGAGGAGCUCUUCGAAGAGCGUCUCCGAGGAGGCGAGAUCUUACGAUUGAGAACAGAUCUGCUCCAAAAGACGUUCCCAGCAUUGCAAAGCAUCGAUCCAGAGUCAAGAAAGCCCAGCAACCAGCCUGCCAAACUUGCAACCAAGACAACGCCUGCUGCGAACGAGGCCCGCCAUCCAGCCCACAUUCGGAAACCCAUCACCUUGCCGUCCUCCAACGUCCGAAGCACCGGAACGAAUGUCCUCGCCCCCAGCUGGAUGUCUUCAAAGACCGCGCUUAUUCCUUCCAGUGACUCGACAGCUGAGCUGAAGCAAAUGGUCGCCUCGUUUUCUAAGUCCCCGUCGAUGGUGCGCCAAAAGUACGGAGAGGAUUUGCAGAGAAGUCUGGAUGCCUUUGUGACUAGGAAACAACCCAAAGAGUCGACAAACCAUGAACCAACUGCCUUUGUGGCAAGGGAGGCGUCCUUAUCGCUAAUGUCUAUCCAGCGCCGAUUCGAGAAGAUUCAACAGGCCCUUGAGAAGCCCGACGAUACCCAUUCAUCUCAACAGCUGUUUUGGCUCAAGGCUGGACAGUUGUGGCCUGCAAUCACUCACGUUACGCUAUUAGAACAGCUGAGAUCAACCGCGCAGCCCAUCACGUUCGGUAAAUAUGCGAAAGAGACGUUGAUUGACUUUGGCCUCGCAAUUACGAAUACGCAAAGAGACCUCAGAAUCAAUGAUUUUCCUUGCGACCACCCAGAUUGGCUGCUCUUGGAGAUUGAAGCGAACCUUCUCAUCCGCCCCGAUCAGGUCGAUGUAGCACUGGCUACGAUUUCUCCCGCCUCGGGAAACAAUUCCGUUCUUCAAAUGAACAUGGGUCAAGAGUGGUUGUACCAAAGGCUCUGCUCCUCCAGACGUCGCAAUUGCUUCAAGGUCGCCUAG